UUAUACGAACUUGGAAGUUUAUGUGGUUUACUAACGGGAAAAGUCCAAACUACUGAACAUCUCCAUAAUGUGCAAGUUUUAUGCAGUGGUAUGCAGAGUGGUCAUGACUUAUCUGCUGCGACUGAAUCUAUUGCAACACUCAAAAGGGCUCUAUCAUCUUCAGAUACAUUUAGUAAACAUUAUUUGUUAUACGAACUUGGAAGUUUAUGUGGUUUACUAACGGGAAAAGUCCAAACUACUGAACAUCUCCAUAAUGUGCAAGUUUUAUGCAGUGGUAUGCAGAGUGGUCAUGACUUAUCUGCUGCGACUGAAUCUAUUGCAACACUCAAAAGGGCUCUAUCAUCUUCAGAUACAUUUAGUAAACAUUAUUUGGAAGUUGCUGAAUUAGCUAUUAGUGCUAACAAACAUAACAAAUUAAUGACGUGUGCACAUAGUUUAGUUGGUUUGGAAUUGGCCAAAUUUUACACAUUAUCUGGUGAUACUACUAAACGAACAAUGUUUUUAGUCCGAGCAUUAAACAUUUUUGAACAAGAUAACUGGGAUUUAUUAGUUGUUCAAACUAAUUUAGAAUUAGUAAAAUGUUUUAAAAAAAUUGGAAAUGUUGAUCAGUUUGUGAAAACAUGCCUACAGCUAUGUUCUUCUCCUAAUUGUAACAUGCAAAUAAGGCAAGAUCAUUUUGAUCAAAUGUUAGAAAUGGUUAAUAUUUCUAAUAUAGGUAAGUAGAAAUUAAACGAAUAAACUAAAUAAAAUUAAAAUAAUUGAUAAAGAUAAA